CGCUCUCUAGACCAGCUUUCUUUCACCUUUCUCAGUUUAUUAUCCCUUUAGUGUAAAAAACAUCUCCAUAAUUAUCGAUCGACAGUUGAAAAACAACUACAAAGUCAGAAAGAAUUUGUCAUUUAUCAGCCAUAUUAAGUACAAUUCACUUUUUCGUUGUUCAAUUUGGAUUUUAAUAAAUUCUCAUCUCCCUCCCUCUCUCUCUUUCUCUCUCUCUCUCUCUCUCUCUCCUACAUUAUCUCCCCUCUCUCUAACCGGCUGUAUUGGUUAUGCGGGCAACUUGACACAGAACACACAUAAAAACAUAUAGUUCCACAGUGCUUGCUUGUAAAACAAAUAACUACUAUUUAUUUAUAAUUCCUUAAUUUUCCUUUUACGUGUUGAAGUAACCAACUUUGCGAGAAUAGUCGGUGCAUAUAUGGGAACAAGGGCUCGAUAAAAAUGGACCGGUCGGUUUAUAACUGUGUAAAUAAACAUACGAUGAUGGAAUUUCAUUGAUUGAAAUAAGGUGGUAGUGAAGGGCAGGUGGGGUAUAGAGUGGUUGUGGCUGUAGUGGGGAGGGGCGAAGGAGGAGGAGGGUAACAAUAAUUAGUGGAAUUAUUUUGUGGUUGUGGGGGGCGAAGGUGACCAUGGGUACACAGAAACCAGAGGAAUGGGCAAAUUUGUUGAUUACGAGAUUCGAGGACCAGCUACCAUGUCGUGCUGGGCCACAAACAACGAAUUCUCGAGUGAACGAGGAGAAAAAUCGAAAGUAUUUGAUCCAGAUAUCUAGGCACAGGUUUGCACUGGUCAUUGGAGGACUGACGAAAAUAUUGCAGAGGGUCAAUGAAAUAUUGCCUGGUAACAGUGGGCAGAGGCUAUUUCAUUACACUGAGCAGGAGAGGAAUUGCUACGAAUCGAUUAUCAUUGUUUUGGACACACUGGAGCAGUGUCUUGCUAAUCAGCCAAAGGAUACAGCUAAUAAAGAUGAGACAAUGAAUGUUAAAUUGUUGCUGAGACAGAUCUGUCAGUUUAUCAACAUAACAAAUGACAGCCAUCUACACUCGCACAUAAAAAACCUAGCGAGUAAAGUGCUAUUCGCUCUUAGCCUCAAUUUCUUUUCUGCAGUCUUCAAUCGAAUUUCUGACCACCUGCAAGAGCUCUCAGUGUGCAGCGAAGAGAAUCCAGACUGCAGUGAUAUAGAAUUAAUCCAACAUAUCAACAUCGACAUAGACCGAUUAAUGCAACUGCUAACUGAAACAAUCCAAAAAUUUCGUCUGCUCAAAAAAUCAGCCCAUAUCAUCCUGAUGAACUCCCUGGAGCAUGCCAUCUGGAAUUGGAUGGACACGUAUCCACACGAGUUCUCGGACAUACAAAAGAACCCAAACGACAUUUUAGCCAAAAUCUGUGGUGAACUCUUCGAUAUUCUUGACUGUUUCGCUGAAAACAAAAAAGGACGAGUAGCUGCUGUCUGGCCCCUCCAAAUAAUGCUGUUGAUUCUCUCUCCCAAGAUCCUUGGGGAGAUUGUCAAUGCAGAUUCCGGUGCUCCGUGUUCACCAAAGCAUGCAAAAAAAAAACACUUCAUUGAUGGUGUGAAACGAGGCCUAGUAAUGCAUGGAUCAAGUCGACAAUUAACCGAAGCAGCAGCUGUUACCUGUGUUAAACUCUGCAAGGCAUCCACUUACAUCAGUAACCUAGACUCCAACAACGUUAUCUUUAUCCUCGUCCAGCAUGUGAUGAGCGACCUAAAGAGUCUCCUUUUUAAUCCCAUCAAACCAUUUUCAAAAGGGGGCAGUUCUAUAUCCCAGGAUAUUGACUUGAUGAUUGACUGUUGUGUCAGUUGCUUCAGGAUAAUACCCCACAAUGACGAAAUUCUCAAGAUUUGCCUCAAUAUAAAUUCACCAUCGAUCUAUCAAUUUAUCCUUGUGAGCUCACUCUACAGAAUUGUCACACAGCCCAAAUUAUCGUGGUGGCCUCAGAUUGAUCUCAUUUAUCCAAGAAGUCCAGAGCUGAGGAAUAUGUUCACUGAUACUUUGAAUAAAGUUACCCAGAGCUAUAUAUCUCAUACCCCCUUGAAGAUGAUUCAGAGCUUUACCAUGAAAGGGAAAGAACAGGGAAAAUAUAAGGAUAGGGGAGAGGAGAUAACUAGUAACAAAAAUUUACUGCUCUGGAUGGUGAGGCUCAUUCAUACCGAUCCCAUGCUCAUGCUGUAUAAUCAUGGAAAAGCUGGACAUGAAAUCCAGAGUUCAACUCUCGAAUUGAUCAAUGGACUUGUUUCUUUGGUUCAUCAGCCGACAAUGCUUGAUAUUGCUAAUGAAGCUAUGGAGGCACUUCUAGUACUUCAUCACCCUAAUAAGAUUAAGGCUUGGAACCCAGAGGCACCCAUCAAAACUUUCUGGGAUGUAAGCUCACAGGUCCUUUUCUCAAUCUCCCAGAAGCUCAUUCAGCAUCAGAUAGUCAAUUACACGGAUAUUCUCAAAUGGUUGAGAGAAAUUUUGGUCAGAAGGAAUGCUUUUCUCUCUGAGAAUAAAGAUUAUGCCAAUGUGGGAAGUCAAAUCGCCAUCUGCAAGCAAGCACAUAUCAAAUUGGAAGUGGUUUUUUUCAUGUAUCUUUGGAGUAUUGAUAUGGAGGCAGUGUUAGUUGCUCUUUCGUGUUUUUCAUUACUCUGCGAGGAGGCAGAAAUACGUUGUGGAAGUGAUGAAGUUGCUGUGACUUGUCUUCUGCCUAAUUAUCAUUUGUAUAUUGACCUCGCGCAAACGUCAUCGACACUUACUACUGGUGAGUUGAAAUUCAUUGUUAAAUCAACAAAUAAAAAUAGCUACAUUUUUAAACUUGAACUUUGUUGGUUCAUUGAAAUCAUCAAAAUUCAAUGUUCACUCGUUUUUAUCCAUAACAAUGCACUCCUUCCUAUUGAUUAUGCAGCUAGUGGAGAAAGUAGGAUAUGUUAUCAUGAACAUAAUCGAGGUCGAGCAGCUCUUCAGAAGUGUAUUAUGACACUUCUACGGAAAAUCGAGCACUGUGUCAAUGGGGUCCAACCGGCCUGGGAAGAAACCUUUAGAAACUGGGAGUUUACGUGUCGCCAGUUGACUAACUAUCCCAAAAAUAAAACUGAAGACGGCCAAGUGGAGUCCUUCCACCGUAGCACAGGCAAACGUCGAGCGUCCCACCAAAAUUCCGAGCACGAACUGGAAGAACAAAUCAACGAAUGGGCAAAUAUGACAGGCUUUCUUUGUGCCCUAGGUGGUGUCUGUCUCCAACGAAAAUCUCCAAACCGUCCCAUGUCCUCAGCCAUUCUCCCCAUUCCCGAGUCCAAAAAAAUACUGACAAAGAACCAAGAAAUCUGUCUAGUCAACUCCAGCCAAGAGGUCCAAUACUGUCCAGUGACGCAGUUUGUUUUUAACCUUCUGCGUCUUCUAAUAUGCAAUAAUGAAAAAUUUGGUGCCCAAAUUCAGAAACAUGUGAAGGAGUUAGUCGGCCAGGAGAUGAGCCCAGCGCUGUAUCCUAUCCUAUUUGACCAGAUAAAAAGCAUUGUUGAAAAAUUUUUCGAUCAGCAGGGCCAGGUAAUCGUCAAUGAUUUAAAUACUCAAUUCAUCGAGCAUACAAUCUUCAUAAUGCGAAAUGUCUUGGAGUCGAAGUCAGAUCAGCCUUCUGAAUAUCUAGGAAUGACAAGCAUUGAGGGAAUGACAUUGGCAAUAGUGCGAUAUGUUCGCCAUUUGGAUACAACAAUUUACGCAAUACACAUAAAAACAAAGCUUUGUCAGCUGGUGGAAAUGAUGAUGAAGCGAAGGGACGACUUGGCAUUCAGACAAGAAAUGAAAUUUCGAAACAAAUUGGUUGAAUAUCUAACUGACUGGAUAAUGGAUACAACCCAUCAAAUAGGACAUCCCCCGAACCCAGCUGACAUGACAACCAUCACUCGUGACCUCGAGCAAGCUUGUAUGGAGGCAGUGGGCUCGCUCCUUCUUGGACUACCCCUACAGCCCGAGGAGUCUGACAGGGGGGACCUGAUGGAAGCCAAAUCCCAACUAUUCCUCAAGUAUUUCACCCUUUUCAUGAACUCAUUAAAUGAUUGCAAUGAUGCUGCUAAUGAGGAGAAGGAGGUUGUUUCGAGACAAAGAUUGACUAGUGACAAACUCUCGAGUCUUCGAAAUGCCACCAUUCAAGCCAUGUCAAAUCUCCUAAGCGCCAAUAUUGACAGUGGAUUGAUGCAUUCGAUUGACUUGGGCUACAAUAGAGAUCUCCAGACGAGGGCCGCCUUCAUGGAAGUAUUAACGAAAAUACUGCAGCAGGGAACGGAGUUCGAUACUCUUGCUGAAACAGUAUUAGCUGACAGAUUCGAGCAAUUAGUUCAGCUGGUAACUAUGAUCAGUGACAAAGGUGAGCUGCCAAUAGCAAUGGCCCUAGCCAAUGUUAUAACAUCAAAUCAAAUGGACGAAUUAGCGAGAGUAUUUGUUACACUCUUUGAUGCCAAACAUCUCCUCUCUCCUCUCUUGUGGAACAUGUUUUAUCGUGAAGUGGAAGUAUCCGAUUGUAUGCAAACACUCUUCAGGGGUAACAGCUUGGGCUCCAAGAUAAUGGCUUUCUGCUUCAGAAUAUAUGGCGCCAGUUAUCUUCAGAAUCUCCUUGAACCCCUUAUCACUCCCUUAAUAGACGAUUCGUCAACGAACUUUGAGGUAGACAGCGCGAGAAUUGACGUGAAUGAAAAUAUCGAACAGAAUGGGAGAAAUCUUAUAGCACUUACCCAAAAAGUUUUUGAUGCUAUAGUCUCUUCAGCUGACAGAUUUCCAUCACAAUUGCGCUCCAUGUGUCAUUGUCUCUAUCAAGUGCUAUCCAAAAGAUUCCCUCAGUGUCCCCAGAACAACAUUGGAGCAGUGGGAACAGUGAUUUUUUUGAGAUUUAUCAAUCCAGCUAUAGUAUCCCCUCAAGAAAUGGGAAUUGUCAAUAAACCGGUCCCUGUACAAGUGAAACGAGGACUCAUGCUAAUGUCAAAGAUCCUCCAAAAUAUUGCUAAUCACGUGGAGUUCAGUAAGGAACAGCACAUGCUACCAUUCAACGAUUUUCUUCGAUUACAUUUUGAAAUCGGUCGACGAUUCUUCAUUCAAAUAGCCUCUGACUGUGAAACUGUCGAUCAAACUAAUCAUCCAAUGUCAUUUGUUUCUGAUGCAAAUGUCCUAGCACUUCAUCGACUACUGUGGAACCAUCAAGAGAGGAUUGGUGAUUAUCUGAGCAGUUCACGGGAUCAUAAAGCCGUUGGACGAAGACCUUUCGAUAAAAUGGCAACACUAUUGGCUUAUCUGGGCCCUCCAGAGCACAAACCUGUUGAGUCUCAUCUUCUAUUUUCAUAUACAAGAUGGUCCAGUAUUGACAUGUCUUCUACUAAUUUUGAAGAAAUAAUGGUUAAGCACAAUAUGCACGAGAAGGAAGAGUUUAAGAGCAUAAAGAGUCUCAAUCUUUUCUAUCAAGCUGGCACUUCACGACAGGGCAAUCCAGUUUUUUAUUACAUUGCGCGAAGAUACAAAAUCGGUGAGACGAAUGGAGAUCUCUUGAUCUAUCACGUAAUGUUAACGUUGAAACCUUUUUGUCAUGCACCCUUCGAACUUGUCGUUGACUUUACUCAUACGUGCUCGGACAAUCGUUUCAGAACUGAAUUUUUACAAAAAUGGUUUUACGUUCUUCCUGAGUUUGCUUACGCCAACAUUCACGCUGCUUAUAUUUACAAUUGCAAUAAUUGGGUGAGAGAGUAUACCAAGUAUCAUGACAGAAUAUUGGCACCAUUGAAAGGCAAUCGAAAAGUCAUCUUCAUUGAUUCUCCAGCGAGGCUCAACGAGGUAAUUGAGUCAGAGCAGCAAAAGCUACCAGGAGCUACCCUCACCCUUGAUGAAGAUCUCAAAGUCUUUACCAGUGCACUCAAACUUUCACACAAAGACACUAAAGUCUCAGUGAAAGUUGGCCCCUCAGCUAUUCAAAUAACAGCAUCGGAAAGGACUAAAGUUUUGUCCCAUCAGGUUCUCCUUAAUGACGUGUAUUAUGCUUCUGAAAUCGAAGAAGUAUGUCUUGUUGAUGACAAUCAAUUCACAUUGACCAUCUCCAAUGAGGCAGGACCACUCUCUUUUAUUCACAACGAUUGCGACAGCAUUGUUCAGGCUGUUAUUCAUAUUAGAAACCGGUGGGAGUUAUCCCAGCCAGAUUCCAUGUCUGUUCACACUAAAAUUCGGCCUAAAGAUGUACCCGGUACUCUUCUCAAUAUGGCACUAUUGAAUUUAGGUAGUUCAGAUCCCAAUCUCAGAACAGCUGCAUAUAAUCAGUUGUGUGCAUUGACAGCAACCUUCGAUUUGAAAAUUGAAGGACAGCUCCUUGAAACAUCUGGUCUAUGCAUACCAUCGAAUAACACUAUAUUUAUUAAGCAUUUGAGUGAAACACUGGCUGCCAACGAUUCACAUCUCACACUCGAGUUUCUUGAAGAAUGCAUGCAGGGAUUCAAAGUGUCCACAAUUGAUCUGAAACAUCUUUGCUUGGAGUACAUGACCCCAUGGUUAAAGAACCUCGUUAGGUUCUAUAAACCCAACGAUGAAGGGGGUAAGAGGCAGCGUCAAGUCACCCAAAUACUUGAAAAACUUAUUAUAUUAACCAUUGAGGAGGUAGAGAUGUAUCCGAGCAUUCAAGCUAAGAUAUGGAGUACUAUAGGCCGUCUUCCCGAGCUCAUUGACACCGUUCUGGAUAAUUUCAUUCAGAAGAGUGUGGGCUAUGGCCUGGGCUCCCCAAUGGUCGAGAUAAUGGCGGAUACAGCAGUGGCAUUAGCCUCCGGUAAUGUUCAGUUGGUCGCCAAAAAAAUUAUAGGGAGGCUCUGCAGAGUUGUCGAUAAAACAUGCACAUCACCUACCCCUCUCCUCGAACAACACAUGAUGUGGGAUGAUAUUGCUAUACUAGCACGCUACCUCCUCAUGUUAUCUUUCAAUAAUUGUCUGGAUGUUGGCAAACAUCUGCCGUAUCUAUUUCACACUGUUACCUUUCUUGUUUGCUGUGGUACUUUGUCUAUGAGGGCAGCUACUCAUGGCCUUGUGAUAAAUAUUAUUCACUCAUUAUGCACCUGCAAUUCUCCCUCCUUCUCAGAGGACACUCACAGAGUCUUGAGGAUGAGUCUGGAUGAGUUCUCCUUACCAAAAUUUUAUCUCCUAUUCGGCAUUAGUAAAGUCAAGUCGGCUGCUGUGACUGCAUUCAGAUCAAGUUGCCGACAUUCCAGUGACAAGUGGUUUGCCAAUGAAAGAACAACAUGUGGAGGACAGGAUCGGGAGAAACUAUCACUCCCGAGCCUGGAAGUCAUUACUGAUGCUCUUCUUGAGAUCAUGGAGUCGUGUAUGAAGGACAUUCCCAGAUGUGAUUGGUUAAGAACUUGGACCUCUCUAGCCAAAAGUUUUGCCUUUUGUUUUAAUCCUGCCCUUCAGCCUCGAGCCCUCAUUGUCUUUGGUUGUAUAUCGAAAAGUAUUACUGAUCAAGACAUCAAGCAGCUGUUGAGGAUUUUAGUUAAAGCUCUCGAGAGUUUCAAUGAUAUUACUUUAUUAGAGGCUAUCAUCAUGUGUUUAACGAGAUUACAGCCUUUGCUUAGGCCAGAGUCUCCUAUUCACAGAUAUCUUUUUUGGGUGGCUACUUCAAUUCUCCAACUCGAUGAAGCGCCUCUUUAUGCCUCUGGUCUGGCCCUCCUAGAGCAGAAUCUUCACACCUUGGACUCACAGGGAAUUUUUGACGACAAAAGCCUAGAGAAGGUCAUGAUGUCCACUAGGGAGCCUUUAGAGUGGCAUUUUAAGCAGCUAGAUCAUGCUGUCGGAUUAUCUUUCAAAUCAAAUUUUCAUUUUGCACUUGUGGGCCACUUGCUCAAAGGCUAUAGACAUCCUACGCCCACCACUGUCACUAGGACUGCUAGAGUACUCACUAUGCUCCUGGCUAUUGUGGCAAAGCCCUACAUGAGGGAUAAAUUUGAGGUAACGCCGCAGAAUGUUGCAUAUUUGGCUGCUCUGGUGCACGUAAGUGAGGAAGUAAGGAGCAGGUGUCACGUGCGGCACUCUUUGGAAAGAAAUGUUAUAGAAUCUAACUCGAGCGAUUUUCUCGAUGUAUUGAUGGCAAAUGGACCUGAUAUCAAUCCAACAAGUAAUCUUAUGAAUAGAAAACAAAAGUCCUGGGAUCUAUUAGAUCAGAAUGCCAUCAGUCAGGCCAGACUUCAGAAACCACAAACGUCAAAUCACAGUGGAAGGACAUUGUUCAAAACUCAGAGAUCAUUUUCAGUGCCUACAACCAAAGAAGCGAAAGCUAUUGAUGAAGGCGAGGCCAAAAAUUCAAGUACGAGAGUCAGUGUGAGUAACGAGAAUAAUGUUCUUUUAGAUCCAGAGGUACUCACGGAUUUUUCCACCCAAACCCUGGUUCUUACCAUCCUAGCAACAUUGGUCAAAUACUCCACCGAUGAGACUGAGACAAGAAUACUUUACGAAUAUCUUGCAGAGGCCUCUGUCGUAUUUCCAAGAGUCUUUCCUGUCAUUAAUAAUUUACUAGAUGCAAAAAUCACCAGUGUUUUAUCAUCCUGCCACGAUCAAGUGAUCGUAAGUGCAGUUCAGGCCAUAAUCCAAAACAUGAUAGCUUGUGAGGACACAGGUCAACAGCUGCAUUACCUCCAGAGUUGUGGGUUUGGAGGACUCUGGAGAUUCGCAGGCCCCUUUGCUAAAUGCAAUCGUACAGCUGAGAGUGCGGAAUUAUUCGUUAAUUGUCUCGAGGCAAUGGUGGAGACCUGUCUGCCUACUGAGGAGAAUGAAAGUUUCAACAGUGAGUCGUCGGUAGAUAUUGAAAGAAAAGUAGAUAAUGUACAAAUCCAGGGGAAGAGUACUCCAGGACGCUCGAAAGGACGAAAUCAUUCUCAGGAAAUUAAUUCAAAAGAAACUUCAUCUUCUGCCCCAAGAGAUAAAAGGGAAUCAACAAUUUCUACCCACGUGAACAACAUCUCUAAUUCAUAGCGUUUAUUGCAAUACUCUCGACACUUUGAGGUUAGCUACAGACGAGUGAAUGGAUUCCAUGGCAUCAAGGAACCCCGAUCAUUCAGGUGAUGAUGAAAAAAAUCAAUAACAGGGUCUAUGUACCGGUUAUAACAAGGGUGUGAAGCUUUAACGUGAAUUAUUUGUAAUUUUAGAGAAACUAUUUAUUAUUUCGAGCGGGAAACGAUAGAUCGAGAUGAGUCAAUUUCAAUUGUUUCAGUAUUUAAUUGCUUCUUUUAGAAAAAUAUAAUGAUGUUCCUUAUAUUCAUAAAUACAUUGAAUUCUGCAAAUGUUCACCUCAACGACCUUUGAAAUUAAGGAAAAAAGAAAAAAAAAGAAAAAGUUAGUAAAUAUAAUUAAAGAAAAAGCUUCGUUAUAAUUUGCGUACGUAUUAUGUAUGCAGGUAUGUAUGCAUAUAGGUAUGAAUGUGUGAAUCCAAAUCUGAAUCAUUUGAUUGCUCCAAAAAAACAGUAUCAAAGUUUUUCAUCAUCUACAGCCACUUUCGGAUGGAUAAAAAAAUCAAAACAUCUCUUUUUGCAUUAAAACGUAAGUUGUAAACCCAAUAGAUAAAGAUAUUACGCUCCUUGAAGUACAACAACAGUUAAAAUUAGAUAGGCAAAUUGACGCAUCUCGUUCCAUUAUUUUGAUUACAUGUCUAUUUCCUUUUGUUGGUUGAAAAUAUCCAGACAUUCAAGUUUUCAUUGAAUUGCUAAUCGUACAGAUGGAAGGACAAAUUAAUUUGUUAUCUCUCAUUGCGUUCAGAAUUAAUCAAUAAGAGUAAUGAAGACUCAAUUAUUUUUCACUGAUUGUAUAAUACAUUUUAGGGUCAUAAACGAAUGAAAAUUAUUCAAGGCGAAAAAUGGGGAGAGCGAUAAGUCCUGAGCCCUCUUAUUUAGCUAAUGGACAUAGAAGUUAGAGUAAUUUUUAAAUGAAUAAAAUUUAGUAUGCGGCCUAUUACCGUACUACAACCCGUAAUUAGUAUUGUAGGUUACUCGUAUAAUUCAAUGUGAUGUAUUUACUAAAAAUAUUAAUGCCAAUAUCAAUGAAUCGUUUUUUAAACCUAGUGGAUAUGUAUAUUUACAUAUAUUUUUAUUUGUUUUUUCUUCUUUUUUUUUUACCAAAUGAGUAUUAAAUUCCUUGCAUGAACGGAAGACAUUCUCCUUAAGGAUAUCCAAGUAUCGAUUUUUUUCAAGUGUCAAAUUUAUCAUUUAAAUAUUGUGAGAAAAAUUCAUAUAAUCAACCGAAAAUUAAUUAAUUAAUUAAUUUCGGACAGUUUGCAAUAUAUUAUUUUUUUUGUGGGAAAUAUUUAUGGAAUAUAGUCGAUAGUUUUCUAAAAUUAUAACUCUUUAAUUAUUUCAUCAAUUUUUUCAAAGAAAAUAUGAAAUAUUUUUAAUAUAUAUUUAAUAAUUAUAUUUUAUAAUUAUAUUUUGACUAACUAAAGAAAAUGUAGGCAAGGUACUUGGAUAUUCUUAAUAAAAGUUUAUUUUUUCAUUCACCUUACCAUUUGAUUUUGAAAUUGUUUAUUUAUUUUUCCGAUGGAUUACUUUCUCUAGGAUUGAAGCUUGUUUUGGUUUGUCUGUUUUUCCGAAUUUCAAUUUCGAUGAUAAUGAAGAAAUAUCACUAUUGUUAUAAGUGGUUUAUUGAUAUUGAUUAACAAUGAACACCAAUUUAAGAUCGCAGGCGAACUUUAAGAGAUUGCAAGUAUGAAAUUUAAGGAUGUAAUGAGUGAAAAAAACGUUGUCAUAAUUUAUUAGGAAUGAAAACUUAUUAGGUAUGAAAAGCUAUUUUGUUGACAAAAAAGUGAGUAUACAAUGAAUGAUUAUGAUGCAUACUAGAAUGCAUAACACGUCCACUACGAACAUCCAACCCUUUCCAUAAUGCAAAGGGGAUUAACGAAUUUUAAACAAAUCCGAAAAUUUGCAAAAUCCCAAACGUCAGUAUGAAUGGAAAAAUAACAGAACCAACGACACUAUGUACGAAUAAAGAUAUUUCUGCUUACGCAAUAAUUUUUUUGUAAUAAACCUAUAAUUCCAAAGAAAUACAUAAAUUUUCUUUUGUCUCUUGCAUCCACUCGGCAAGCAAACCCUACGUUAAAUGAAAAAUCUUAACUAAAAUAUAACGCAUUCCACACACAAGUAGCUGAAAAGCUGUUUACACUUUCGUUAUUUCAACAGAAAACAGCUUGAUCGUGCGAUGAUGAUGUACCACCAACGCAUCAUCCCUCGUUUCUUCCUCCUCCAGUCCGAUAAAAUAAAAUCCCAGAAUUCUUCACUGCUCCUACAUUCAUCCCACUGAAAGUCCACUCGACGAAUCUCUUAAUCUCCAAAAAAAAAAAUCAAAUCAAAACGGCAGAUGUGUUGCGAUAUUCUGAUAGAGCGGCUUAUGAACAUUACAAAGAUCCCACAAAAUCUUCAACAAAUUGCAUUACGCCAUGACUGUAUACACUUCACAAAAAAAAAAAAAAAAAGAAA